GAUGUCAUGAGGUGGUGUGAUGCGGAUUGUACCAGUCUGGAUUGUACCAUUCUGUAGGGGUGUUUCCCUGUAAUGUCUGAAGUUGUUGUGUAGCUGGCAAGUUUGUUGUUUUUGUUUGAAUCAAGGUUUGAAAUGUUUAAAAGUCACCGACAUUAAAAAUGUUUGGAUGCAUCGUAGCAGGAAGACUGGUGCAAACCGAUCCACAACAGAUGAGUGAGACACAGUUUGUCUUCACCCUGUCAGAUGCGGACAGCAUAAACCACAUCGUCGUCUUCCUGACUGGAACCACUCCUUUCCCUGACGGACUUUGUGGUGCCGUGUACUUCGGCUACCCCAACCCUGAUGGCAUGGCAUGGCAGUUUCUCGGAUACAUCGCAAAUGACAAACCAAGUGCAAUUUUUAAGGUCGCAAAGGUCAAGCCAGGAGACGAGACUUCCAACACGGUGUUUGGCCAGCUCAUACCAGGGCAGCAGAAAAUGGCUCAAAUCGGCAUUUCUGUGGAACCAUUGGCCCAGGUUACCCAGCAGACACCCCCCUCCCACAUCACCCCAUCUACAGUUAGCUCUUUCCAGGAGUUCACCAGAAAGAUGCUGGAGAGCUUCCACAACUAUGCAUCGUCGUUUGCACUGACUCAAGCUCAAAUGGUGCCCGAGCCAAACAAAUCGUUCGUUCCCUUGAAUGUCCUUCAGCAAUGGUUUGAUAACUUUCAGAGGAGACUAGCACAAAACCCAAACUUUUGGAAAACAUGAGCAGAUCUUUGACUGGUUGACUGAUAAUCAUUAAUGACCAUUCUCAUUAUUCCACCUGGCACUCUAUAGCCUAAGAUACCAUAUU